CAAUCAUGAGAAGAUGAAAUUUUAUAUUAAUAAUUAAUCGGUUGAAAGAUAAACUGUGACCUUAGUUGUUACGACCGAUCUCAUUAAUACUCUAAAUGCAUUGAUUGUGAGAGGUGGAUUCAACAUUUUAGUAUGCAGCAUAAUUUUAACUUGUUUAUAUUUUUGAUUGCUUUUUUAUUUGGUGUAAAAUUUGGCUCAGCUAAUGAUUAUUACUGGAGAGAUUAUAACGGUUCAAUCCCAAAUGACGCAAUUGCAGUUGAUGACGAUUUAUAUAUUGGACAAAUUUAUUCGCAUUCCAGCGUAAUUCCCGGCUCUUUAUUUCCUGAACGAAACAAAUUCAUUUACGAAUAUAUAGGACAAAGAGAAGCUAAAAGUGAUAUAAAAAUUUUAUGUGCUCCAAAUCCGGAUGAAAUGAAAUGGGUUAAAUUAAACAUGGCAGAGAUUUUUGCUGAAAAUCCUCAUUUCUAUGUAUCUCAGUUUGAGACAACUCCAAAUUGUGUGUUAAUUCCCGGUGGGUAUGAACACGAAAAAUAUCGGUGGUACAUCGGAAAAAUUUAUCAUGAAAAUAUGUGGAAAAUUAGUAAAGUGGAUUUGAAACAUUUUAAGGCAAUUAGCGUAUGGUGUAAUAAUGGUGGUUUUGAACGUAUUCAAAAUUUUGAGGUGCUAUAUGCAUGCAAGAAAAAUGAAGAAAAAUUAUCUUAAAGAGUUAUAAACAAAGAGUUUGUUAAAAAAAUUGUAAUGGGAAAUAAAACUU